AUGGAAAAAUUUUAUUUUAUUUGUCAAAAAUGGUUAGCUGUUGAAAAAGAAGAUGGUUUUAUUGAACGUAUUUUACCAUUAGCGGAUGAAUAUCAAAAACAAGAAUUUUUAUAUGUUUUAUCGAAACAAGCAUAUCAUAGUAUAUCAGAAGGUCAUCUUUGGUUUUCAAUUUUUUCUCGAUCACCUUCAAAUAAAUUGACACGUAUUGGUAUUGGUGUUAUUGUUGAAAUUUUUGCAUUUCUUCCAAGUAUAUUACUUAUUCAAUUAUUUCGACGUAUACAACCUCGACGUUUUCAUCAACAAUUAUCUCCAUUACGUCAAGCAAUUUAUAAAAUAAAACAACAACCAAUACCGUCUGAAAAGACCAUUGAAUCUACUCAUCAAAAGAAACGAUCUCGACUAAUGUUUCCAUGGUGGUGUUUAUUCAUUGCUUAUGGUUUAUCUUUAAUUUUUGCUACUAUUUCAAUAUUUUUGAUUAUUGUUCGUGGAAUUGAAUUUGGUGAUUUAAAAACUCAAAAAUGGUUAACAUCACUAUUGAAUAAUGAUGAACAAGCUGCUGAAUUUAUUGAUGAAGAUCAUGUUAAAUUAAAUGAUGACGAAGAUUAUCUUCAUUCAAUAGAAGUUUGUAUAUCUUUUAUUUGUAAAACAAGUAAUCAAUUAGAUACAUAUAUUUAUACAGGAAAACAUCAAACUUAUAAUAGUGGUAGAUAUGUAUAUGAAUUUCGUGGACGUCUUAAUUAUUUACGAAAUAAUUUAUCACAACUUCAUCAAUUAAAUUGGAUUGAUAGUCAAACACGAGCUAUAAUUAUUCAAUUUACAUUAUAUAAUUCAAAUUCACAAUUAUUUAUUUCAAUUAAUUUAUUAACAGAAUUUUUAUCAACAGGUGGAAUUAAAUCACAAUCACGUUUUGAACCAAUUUCUUUUCAAGAAAUUCAAUCAUUAAUAAAACUUAAAAUUGUUUAUUUUCGAAAUGUUUGGUCUUUUAUUAACCUUGGUAUAAUUAGUUGUUCAUGGACUAAUAUUGGAAUUUAUAUAUGGCGAUAUCGAGAAUAA